GUUGACGUGUCGUUUACGGCCAUACAUUACGUACACCGCACGUUCCGAGCAUGCGCUGAUGUUCCUCAGCAACCUGUUUGGAGACCGUGGGUAACUUGUAAAGACGAUCCCGAAUCACUAUGGACAAUAGAAACUAAUAGUCGCGAUCACGAAUGAUUGCUAGCAGGCACGCACCGCACCGUAAACAAGGAGCACUAGCGUACUUUUAAAACAAUCGGAAACAAGCCUUAAUACCGCUUACCCCAACAAUGCUACCUCCAGCAGCUGAGCCGAAGAUGUUAUUUCGCGUGUUAAGCUUUCUCUACUUCCUGUCGAGACCACUGCUCAAGUGGUUGCUGCAUCGGUUUACCAAUCUUUGUGAGCUGCAGCGCAUCUGUUACGGUUGUCCACCGGGGGCAACACGCACGAAAAAGGUACAGAUGUCACUGGAGCUGUCCCGCCGCUUGCCAAUCAAGAAAUUGCUACACAUCCUGAACGAGCUGGUUAGCAACGAUGUGGAGGAAACGUUUCUACGCCGUGAAAUACAAACCCGAGCCGUCGGUACGGUGCUGCAGGUGAAGAAGAUCAACCCGAAGGUACACAUCGAUUUUCCACGAUCGUUCGGUUCGUGUGCGGAAAGAAUCUGGGGCUACAAGCGGCUGUACUAUAUGGUGGAGAAGUUGCGCGCCACACAGUACGACUGCGAGGAACCGGAACACGAAGCAAAGCUAUUGAUGCUGUGGAAAUUGUUGGUGGGUGAUGAGAUGGUACUUACCGGGCGCAUCACAGAUCAGUGGCAGCAUAUUGGAUUUCAGGGUGACGAUCCAUCGACGGAUUUCCGCGGCAUGGGUGUGCUUGGGCUGGAUAAUUUACUCUUUCUGGUACAAAACUACAAUGGCACUGCUCGCCAUCUGCUGUCACACUCGCAUCAUCCAAAGCACGGAUACUUUUUCGCGAUCGUCGGUAUCAACCUUACGUCCAUGGCAUACCACCUAUUAAAGUCCGGUUCCGCACGCACGCACUUUUACAAUCACCCGCAGCAUCAUCUAACGGUGGAGACGUUCCACCAGUUCUAUUGCUAUCUGUUUUACGAGUUUGAUCGGUACUGGGUCGAGUGUAAACCAAAGAACAUUAUGGACUUUAACCACAUCCAGCGACGAUUUGAGGAAAACAUCCUGAAACUUCUUGCCAACGAUGGUUGCUGCUUCAAGAUGAACCUUUCGGUGGAGGACGUUUAACGUCCAUCCGAUCCGGGGCAAUGUGGUUUUGCUAUCUUUCCACUUUUCCAGUUUUAUUCCCUCCUUCCUUUCUAGUCCAUGGACUUUUGCGCCGUUUUGCCUUUUUGGUAUUUGAUAGGAUCACCUUGUUGUUUUUUUUUGUGUGCUGCUCCUUAAUACGAUUUGCUGUGUGGUGGUAGUUCUCGGAUUGUGAUACCAUGUGUUUUCGCACAACACAACAC